UUAAAUAUUUAGAAUCAGAUGUUUUUUGUUUGUAUACAAUUGAUGAUUGAAAGCAGAUUGAAAGACUCUAUGGAAAGACUUAAUUUGGAUUAUCUUGUAGAAAGCCACAUUAAGUUUUAGAGGGUUUUAGUAACUGACUGUUAGGAAUAUUGGUAUACCGGAAUAUUUUUCAAGAUGUGUUAUAUAAAAUUAGUUAAACAAAAACAUAGGCACUUAAAUAUUGUUUGAAAGUUCCUCUGGCAACUCCUCUUUGCCUCUAUAUAGUUUACCUAAAAGCUCUAUAAAAAUAUAAAUGAAUAGCUUUAUAAUAUAAUAGGAUAGUUUUAUAGUAAAACAUGCCUCUUAAUACUUGGAAAGUUUUUAACUCUAUCAAAAAUACUGUGUCAAAAGUUUCUGCAGAUAAAUUAUUACAAGCUAAUAUUCAACAAAUUAAAAUUAAAUUACCUAUAACAUUGGGUAUAAAUGAAUAUUUAAAAUUAGGUGGUGAGAAAUUGAAUUCUGUUCAGCAAUCUUUGCAAAAUAUUUACAAUUCAUCAUUAUCUUAUACACUGAAAGACAAUACAAAUCAUAAAUCAUGGAAAAAAAGUAAAUCUCAGUCUUCUGAUAUUCCUGGCCAAAUAUUACAACUUCUAAAUUUAAUUAACCUGUCCUCUACCGAGAGUAGCCUUACAGAAACUGUAGAAUUGUUACUGAUACAGCUAAGACAAAAUUCAGAAAUUCGACAUAUAGCUAUUAAACUUGGAGCAAUUCACCUCCUUUUGAGAAAAAGAUCUAAAUUUCAAACAGAUAAAACUAUUGGUGCACUUAGAGAAGCUCUAACUAUACUUGGAUAUAUUGAUCCUGUUUCCAAAAGGGGUAUUCGAAUUCUUUCAAUUGACGGUGGUGGAAUAAGAGGUGUUCUUGUUCUUGAAAUGUUAAAAAAAUUGGAAGAAUUAACUGGCCAAAGAACCUAUGAUCUUUUUGAUUUCAUAUGUGGAGUAAGCACAGGAGCUAUAUUAGCAUAUUCAAUUGGAAUUCACUUAAGAAAGCUAGAUGACAUUAUUACCAGAUAUGAAGCACUUAGCCAAGAAAUUUUCCGCCAGUCCCCAUUUUGGGGCACUGGUAAUUUAGUAAGGAAGCAUGCUUAUUAUGACACUGAACUAUGGGAAAAGAAAUUAAAGGAUUAUUUAGGCGCAGAUAGUCUUAUAUCUACAUCAAGAAAACUUCAGACUCCAAAAUUGUGUGUUGUGUCUGCUAUUGUAAAUCAGUCACAAGUACAAGCACAUGUGUUUAGAAACUAUUCUUUACCUUGGAAAUUUCAGUCAUAUUAUUUAGGUACACAUGAUCAGGCAGUAUGGGAAGCAGCUAGGGCUUCUGCAGCAGCUCCAACAUAUUUUGAAGAGUUCAAAAUAGGAAAUUAUAUUCAUCAAGAUGGAGGGAUAUUAGUAAACAAUCCAACUGCAAUAGCAGUUCAUGAAGCUAAAUUACUUUGGCCUAAUACACCAGUACAGUGUGUAGUCUCGUUUGGUACAGGAAGAACCGUUCCAAAUAAACCAGAAGUGCCUCAUAAAUUGUUAUCUGACAUUGGCUAUAUGGGAACAUCUUGGACAAAUAAAUUUUAUAAAAUUUUGGACAGUGCAACAGAUACUGAAGCUGUGCAUGUUAUGCUAAGCGACUUGCUACCAGAAAAUGUUUAUUACCGUUUCAAUCCUUACUUAAGUGAAAUGGUGGGAAUGGUAGAGAGCGAUCAAAAGAAACAUGAGCAAUUAAAGAGGGACGCCGUAAUGUAUUUGAGAAGAAACGAAGACAAGUUUCAGGAAGCAGCGAAAACACUGAUGUUAAAGAAAAAAAUUACCCAAGAAAUAAAGGACAAAAUUAAUCUACAGAGACAGAUUAUUGGAAUAUAAAUUGUAAUUUAGAGGAAGUUAUUGUUAAGUGUUUGUAUAAAUUAAUAAAUAAUUAAUGCGAUUAUUCAAGGAGAAUAACGUUACUCAUCAGUUUAACUAUCUACUCUAGUCAUAUAAUUAGAUCUCAUACAUUUGGAGUUAAAUAAUUUAUAAAAAUAGAAUUAACAAUGUUUAUUUUUAACUGUAAUUAUGUAAGACAUAAAAUUGACUUUAAAUAUAAUUUAUUUUGUUCAAUUA